AUGGAAGAAGCGACUACAGGAGUGUCGACAGCAUUACGAACAUGUCAUCCGUUCUACGACAGUGAGAAUCCAUUUCUCAGUGCUGACUCGCCAUUACGAUUACGAAAGAGUUCUGAGUAUGAGAAAAAGUCCAAAGAUAAACUUAGUGACAACGAGUCUGAUGGUGAUGACGAAUGGGUCGAUGAGGACGAUGCUGCUAACAAAGAAAACACGACUCCACGCGCACGAAGAAUAGCAACCCCGACAGUAUUACCAUCUCCCUAUAUUCAAAAUGAUACAACGACGCCACCAUUACCAUUCGGUGUGCCUUUAAAGGGUAUUAACACGCCCGUGCAGAAUGUUGAUACGCCUGUAAAAGUUACUAGCGUGCCUGUACAGGACAUUAAUACUCCCGUACAAGGCAGUAAUGAGACACCUACACAGGAUAUGACUGCAUCCGCCCAGAACAUGAGCACACCUACACGGAAGCGUACACAGUAUGUGACUACACCUGUGCAGGAUAUGAAGACGCCUGUACAAAGAAUUAGCACGCCUGUACGUGGUAUUAAUACACCUUUACAAGUUGUACGUCAAGGCAUCUCAAUUACGCCGUCUCGCUCAUCAACUUCCUCACCAAGAAGAAAACAGAUGCGUUCUACUUCGAGACGAGUACGAGUAAGAAGAGUGCAGCGCGUUAAUCCAGCGGUUUAUGACAUGAGCGAGUCGUGGUAUAUUAAAGUUGGAUCGAGAUUGUCGAUUUAUGCAAAGGACGUUGUAUGCAUGUUAAAGCAUACAUGCAAUGUCGUGUGGAUGAG